AUGACGACCUCCCUCGACUACCUUAAGCAGACCGGCACCGUCGUCGUCUCCGACUCCGGCGACUUCGAGUCCAUCGACGUCUACAAGCCGCAAGACGCUACCACUAACCCGUCGCUUCUCCUCGCCGCCGCCAACAAGCCCCAAUAUGCGCACCUCAUCGAUGUGGCCGUGAAGUACGCGAAGGAGAACGGCAAGACUGAGGAGGAGCAGGCAGAGCUCGCGAUGGACCGUCUCCUUGUCGAGUUCGGCAAGGAGAUCCUCGCGAUCAUCCCCGGCCGUGUCUCUACCGAGGUUGACGCCAAGCUGUCCUUCGACAAGGCAGGCACUAAGGCGAAGGCCAAGCACCUCAUUUCCCUUUACGAGUCGAUUGGCGUCAAGCGUGAGCGCGUUUUGAUCAAGAUCGCCUCGACCUGGGAGGGUAUCCAGGCUGCAAGGGAGCUCGAGGCUGAGGAGGGCAUCCACUGCAACCUCACCCUUCUUUUCGGUUUCGGCCAGGCCGUCGCUUGCGCGGAGGCCAAGGUCACCCUCAUCUCGCCUUUCGUCGGCCGUAUCCUUGACUGGUACAAGGCCAAGACCGGCAAGACCUACUCUGGUGCCGAGGACCCCGGUGUCCAGUCCGUCAAGAAGAUCUUCGACUACUACAAGGCGCACGGCUACAAGACCAUUGUCAUGGGCGCGUCGUUCCGCAACGUUGACGAGAUCAAGGAGCUCGCUGGUGUUGACUUCUUGACCAUCGCCCCCGCACUUCUCGAGCAGCUCAAGAACAGCACUGAGCAGGUCCCGAAGAAGCUUGACGCCACCGCUGCCGCCGGCGUUAAGACUAUCCCGAAGGUUUCGUACGUCGACGACGAGGCUAAGUUCCGCUGGGACUUGCUCGAGGAGGAGAUGGCCUUCGACAAGCUCCACGAGGGUAUCCGCAAGUUCGCUCAGGACGGCCAGACCCUGCGCGAGACGCUCAUCAAGAAGCUCAAGGCGUAA